GCGAGUGGAUGCGGUAUUGGAGCUCACUUCAAAUUCGGUCGUGUAUCUGAGCGGACGGAGAAGCGUAGAUUAGUAUGGGUUCUUUAGUGUUGAAAUUACUGCUGAUUUCGGUGGUGUUCAGUGACCAUGGUGAAGGAAUAAGUGACGGACUUCCGGCGGCGGAUGCACCGUGGCGGAGGCUGAUUGGACCGGAUGCAUUGCUGACACGAUUGGAUAAACUGCUGGAUGUGUGCAUAGCGAACUAUGAGGAUCUGACCACGGAUCUGCUUCUCGGUGUGGCGAUUGCCAAUGGUCAACUGAAGUCAAUACUCACCGGCCCACGUUUGGAAAACCAACCUUUCAUUGAAACGGUUCGGAAAAAGUGUGAUUAUGUCGAGAGUAGGAUCGACAGCAUAUUCUCCUUUCCAAGUUCAGCAAAUGCCAUAGUUAGUAAAUUGCUGAUAAAUGCAAACUUCUGGCAAUCCAACGACGCUUUGCCGGACGAUUAUCAGUCCGCCAUCGUACCGGUUCCUGAUGACGUUGACGAUCUGGCAUCAGCAAGCCCUCACAAGCAAUCACAUGGGCGUCACACGUUGCACAGCUAUCUGCGCGCGCUUCAACUCGGGGCGCCAAGUGAACUUCAGUCAGACGAAUGCUUAUCAGAACUGCUGGUAAAUGAUUCGGAAAAUGAGUUCGACAAGACUUUAUCGCCGCCAGGUGAACGGCAACCACAUCUAAAGCCGCUUCUGUUGAGCCGUGAAUGCAGCAAUGCGAUGUCCCUUAGGAAGAAGUCCUACGGUUAUCAUCUCACUCAUAAACUGCUGUUCUACCUGAUUUUGGGCAAGCAACACUUCACUAACAUCCAGCAGGAAUUUGUGGUGACCGCAACGGACCAGCUUUGCGAGCAGAUCCUACGCGAAUCGCAGCUGAUUGCGGAGCUCGAUUAUCCGGAGAUCUUUCGCGAUUUGUUCAUGGAGCAGGUGUUCCUGUGCGCGUACGUGGGAUACGCCGAAUUCCGGAACCAAACAUGGCUUGGCGAAAUCGUUGGUUGGCAAAAUGGCAACGGAUGUUUCAAGUACUAUCAGGACCGGGAUCGGGUGGGAACCAAUCGCCUGACGACGGAAUGUUCAACCCAUAUGACCGGUGUGGGUGCGGCAGUGCUGGCGUUGUUUGCCAAGUUGCAGUUGAUUGGGUAGAAUUAUUUGGAGUUGUGUUUGAAAUUGACCUAUGCUUGUGUAAGAUAUUCGUCCGCUGAUGUUCAAUAAAGUUGCCUCUAUUGUUGCUGAAACACAUAGGAAGAAGUUUAUUAUGAUGAAGAAAGCAUUAACAUAUCCUUAAGCUAUUAUAGGUUAUGUCCGGGAUGAGAUUUGAAUUCUUGUCUUUGGCGUGAGAG